AUGGUUCGUACUGAACGUCACGUUUCCCCAAAACGUUCUUCAACAGGGAUGUAAUCAUUAUUGGACAAAUUCAGGUAGGUCCCUACCCGUUUUGUUCCGUUUAAGAAACGUUUUCCAACAGAAUCUGAGUAUUGAAAACGCACCAGACUUUGAGGGACGUUUGGUGGGGGUGGCGUUCAGAACAGCACUGUUUCCGUUUAAUUGACCGUUGCAGUAAAAAAACACCGUACUGAAUGCAGCCCAGAUACGUUUUGUUUUUUUACCCAGGGGUGGCCAACUGGGUAAGAAAAUGAGUAUGCAUAAUGCAAGCUAUUGAGUAGUACUUUGAAACUAAGGCCCUUUUCUGUUCCAGGGAGGAGUAUGGAGAAUGAUGAACUUUCGUCAGCGGAUGGGAUGGAUCGGCGUGGGGCUGUACCUUCUGGCUAGCGUGGCCGUCGUCUACUAUGUCUUUGAGAUCGACCAGACAUACAACCGUCUCACCCUGGAGCACGUGGAGCGGGUGGCUCAGGAGCAGCAACCUCUGGCAGGGGACAACGCGCCUACCACCGCAUCCUCUGGGCCCCCCUCCUCCUCUCCUCCUCAGCCUCGCUGCCCACCUGGACCCAGAGUCUCAAGACUCACCUGCUCCUCUUGCCCUUCUGGGUGUGGGUCACCAUCUUCCUUGUGCCCUACCUUCAGGUGUUCCUCUUCCUCUACUCGUGCACGCGAGCCGACCCCAAGACGGUUGGCUACUGCAUCCUGCCUAUAUGCCUGGCGGUGCUCUGCAACCGCCACCAGACCUUUGCCAAGGCGUCCAAUCAGAUCAGCCGGCUGCAGCUGAUUGACACCUAA